AUGUAUUAUUUACCAAGGCGAAAUGAAUUGCUCUUUAAAACCACAGGGGAUAUAGAGGCACAGGAUGAGGUUCCUAAUCACCAUGGAACGUUAGAAGCAUGGCAGGAGUCUCUAGACAGUGAUGAUGAAAAUCCCUUACUACAUUCAACCGUUGAAGAACAUCCGACAACUGGACCUUCGAAAUCAACGUCUAAAGGAACUAUCAAUAAAACAAGCUUUGGAACAAAGAAGUCUUUUGAUUUUUCAGAAACCAACGAAAUCAAUCCAACAAGUUUCGAGUCUUCAGCAGAACAAACGAUUAAACCAAAACAUGAUGUCCGUUCUGUCGUAAAGAACUCCAAUACAGCUUCUUUUUCAAAAUUCUCAAUGAACCGUUUUCCUCUAGCUGCUUCGUCUUCAAUGAGGGCUUCCUCGCCAAACGAAAGAUUUGGAAAACUUGACAGAGACAAAGUUUCAAGCGCUUAUCCAAACAAAUCAGUACACACUCAACUUCCAAGAAAUGAGUUUUCUGGAGCACGGACUUUAUGGAAUCGUUUAACUCCUCAUGACCGUGUUCUUUGGCGCUGGGCGAACGUUGAAAACCUAGACUACUUUCUACAGCAAGUGUAUUCUUUUUACGUAGGAAAAGGAUUUUCCUGUAUGAUUGUUCAAAGGUUGUUUCAGAUAUUAACCAUAUCAUUUGUCAUUGGCUUCACGACCUUUAUUACUAGUUGCAUCGACUGGUCUGCCGUUAUUCCUCACGGAUCUUUGGUUAAUGCUACGAAGUCACAUUGCAUUGCUCAAAUGUCUCCUUUGGAUACACUUUUUCUAUGGCUGUUUAUGAGCUUUUUGUGUGCGCUGUGGAUAUAUUACCUUACUGACAUACCAAGGUUAUGGCAUAUUCGAGAAUUUUUCAUUCAUGCGCUUAAAAUCUCAAGUACUGAUAUGGCAACCGUUUCAUGGCAGCGGAUAUUGUAUCGCUUAUACAAACUAAAAAACGUGAAUGCUUUAACAGCUGAAGAUGGCCGUGUGGUAUCUCUUCAUAAUAUGAAACGUUUAGAUGCACAAGCAAUUACAAAUAGAAUUAUGAGAAAAGAAAAUUACUUUAUUGCUUUAAUAAAUAACGACGUUAUUGAUCUUGAGUUGCCCCUUCUGAGGAAAAGGAUACUUACACACACAACUGAGUGGAACAUUAAUUGGUGUAUUUUUAACUUUGUUUUUGAUGAUCAAGGUCAAAUAUUGGAGACAUUUAGAAAUGUCAAUUCUCGAAAACGUCUCGCAGAAGAACUUCGACGUCGCUUUAUUGUGGCUGGGUUUUUGAAUUGCUUAUGCUCUCCUAUUGUUGCCGUCUACUUAUUGGUUCAUAACUUUUUUCGGUACUUCGAUGAAUUUCAUAAGAACCCUAGUUUAUUAGGUAUACGAAGGUAUACACCUCUAGCUUUAUGGACGUUUCGCGAAUAUAAUGAACUUCCUCACGUUUUCGAUGAGAGAAUUAGUAAUAGCUAUGAAUAUGCUUCCCAUUAUGUAUCCCAGUUUCCCGAUUUUAAUGUUAUCAGAUGCGUAAAGUAUGUUUCCUUUAUUCUAGGAAGCUUUACAGCCGUGCUGGUGAUCAUAACCCUUUUCGACCCAGAGAUAACGAUGACAUUUGAACUGACGAAGGAUCGAACUGUCAUAUUUUAUUUGGGUAUAUUUGGUUCUUUAAUAGCUGCUAUGCGUUCUUUGAUUCCAGACGAGACCCUUAUUUUUGACCCAGAAAAAGCUUUACGUAAAGUAGCUUAUUUCACUCAUUAUUUGCCAGAAUGGUGGCAGAGAAACAUGGAUAGUAAAUCUAUUCAGCAAGAGUUUUGCACCCUUUAUACCUAUAGAAUAGUUAACGUUCUAUGGGAGAUUCUGGGGAUUCUUUUGACGCCCGUAUUGCUUUUCUUUACCUUCCCUGCCUGCAGUCAAGAAAUAGUAGACUUUUUUAGAGAGCAUACUGUGCAUGUUGAAGGUGUUGGAUAUGUCUGCAGUCAUGCCGUAUUUCAGCCUAAUCCUCAGUAUGACUCAGUGGCAGCAAUGGUCAGUUCUCGGAAGAUAAAUACUACUUUCCAGAAUAAACCUGAGAUGUCAAGAAUAAACUUUCUACAGAACUUGAAUCCCAAAGUGCCUGAACAAACUCCUGAUGAUUUCCUGGAUUGA